AUGGGCGGCUUCGGCAACCCGGACGGCACGCACACCACGCACAUGGGCAUCGUGCGGCUCGGGCCGGACACGCAGCACCGCCGCAUCGACAUCAAGGUCUAUCCCUCCGCCACCAUCUCCGCCGCCAUCAUCCACUUUACCGGCAGCGCGCAGUUCAACCGCUUCCUCUCGCGCGCCGCGCGCGAGCUCGGCUACUACCUCUCCUCGGACGGCCUCUUCAAGCUGCCUCCAAACCACCCCACGCGGGCGCCCCGCCCGCCCAACCUCGCGCCGCUGCGCUGUCCCGAGGAGCGCGACAUCUUCGACCAGCUGGGCCUGCUCUACGUCGAGCCGACGCGGCGCAAGGACAAGUCGGACGUGCUCCUGCCGGAUGGCACGCCCUUCUGGAGCACGAAGGCCGGCGCGGCCGCCGGAGCGGCAGCCAAUACCGCGCUGAGGUGA